AUGGCCGAGGCAUCAUCACCACCACCCAGCAGCAGCGGCCCUGGCAUCGUCGGCCGCGUGCGGGGCGCGUCCAUCUCGCUCAUCAAUGCGAAUCCGCAGCUGGGCAUGUGGCAGGCCACCGGCACCGCAAUCGCCCAAGCACCCAAUUUGACCGAGCUGCGAGACGCCGGAUCGGGCGGCGAUAACAUCACCUUCGAUGCGCAGGGCCAUUCCACGCGCACCGCCGCUCCCGACGAGGAUGGCGAAUUGACCCUCGUCAAGACAAACACGCGCCGCCCGACUUUUACCACGCCCAAUUUCGACAAAGAUGCCACCCAAGAGCCCAUCGUGAUCCAGGAGGUCGACGAGUCUGCGCCGGAAAUCGCCACCACCAGCGAUAAUCAGGACCACGUCCCCUGGAAUCUGCGCGAGAAGCAUCAGCGUCUGCGCCAGCGCCGCCACAGCCUCUACGAGCAUCACAAGGGCGAUGCGAAGGAAAAAUGGGGACCGACCAUUUUAAACGGAUUGAAGGCCUUUUGGAAGUUCUUCACCACUCCAUCCGGCUUUCUCAUAACCAUUUAUGGCUUGAAUAUUGUCGCAUGGGGUGCCAUGCUCUUCUUUUUGCUUCUUGAAGCUGCUCCCGCCAUGAAUCACCCAAGCGCGAGUGCUGACAACUCGCCUCGCAAGAUUUGGAUAGAAAUCGACAGCCAGAUCCUAAAUGCCCUCUUCUGCGUCACGGGAUUUGGCCUGGCGCCUUGGCGCUUCCGCGAUCUUUAUCGAUUUGUGCGUGCCGUACAUUUCAAGGACCGCUCUUGCAUGGAUGAGUUGGCCGCACAGAACAAAUCCUGGUUCCGUCCACCAGCCUGGGCAAGGAAAGAAGCAGCACAAGAAGCCACAGAAGGGACAGAAAUAUCAAGACCGCCCAUUGUCCGCUCCUCAACCUUCACUGGGAAGUGUGCGCCUCCUACCCCCCUCUGGAAGCUAGGGUUUACCAUUUGGAUGAUGGUUUUGAAUACCCUGAUUCAGGUUGCUCUGUGCUACUAUAUGUGGGCUUAUAACCGAAUUGACAGACCUACCUGGGCCACAGGUACAUUUAUUGCCUUGGGCUGUGCCGUGGCAAUGUUUGCGGGUAUAAUGUCAUGGUGGGAGGGACGGAAGGUCAAGAAAAUCGAGGGACCGCAGGUGAAGGUUGUUGCCGAAGAAGUAUAG